AUGCUCGAUGUCGGACAGUGUGAGUCAUUCCUCAUCAUGAAUCGCGAGAGACAGCCGCUACUUUUCAAAGAUGCUAAUUCGGAUUUGUCGCUUCUGUUUGCCACAUUAUGUGUUAUCGACAUUUUUGGCGUUUUUCCGAUUAUCGCAUUACCGCGCUCGAUUGUGCAAUGCGGAUUGUAUGGGAUUCCUUUGGUCUUCGUCGUAUUGGUUUUGCAAAUCUAUACGGCUGUUCUGCUUGGUAAAACAUGGAUUAUUGUAAGCACUCUAGAUCCGCAAAUUUUAAAAAAAAAUCGAAAUCCUCUUGCGGCCGUAACCGAAUUGACCUUGGGUCCUCGUGCGAGAACCUUGGUUACUAUAAUCCUGGAUUUUACAGUUUUUGGUUGUAGUAUACCUAAUUUAUUGGUUGCUUCGCAGAAUUUGCAAAUUUUCGGACUAAAAAUUUCGGGACAACGAUUUGAUCUAUCUUUCUGCUAUUGGCUUCUAAUUGUAGGCGUUCUUUUAUGUCCAAUUAUGUGGCUUGGAAGUCCCCGUGAUAUGAAAAUAUUGGCUACAUUUUCUUGCACAAUGGUUGUAUUGACGGCGCUAUUAAUAUGGUGGAGUAUAGUUACCGAUGACCGAGAGCUUGAUAUUAUCCCAGUAACCACAUCUCCUAGCUGGGAGAAGUUUAUUUCUGGUUAUGGAAUGUUAGCCUUUCAAUUUGAUGUACAUCCAACAUUGAUGACUGUACAAGUGGAUAUGCAUCGUCCUCAAGACAUCAAUAAGGCAGUUAUAAUUUCCUUCUUAGUCAGCAGUUCAUUAUUUAUUGUUACUACAAUUUUAACCGUUUGGAAAUAUGGAGGCAGUACAACAGCCAAUAUUCUGCAAGUAAUUCCAGGAAAUUUCACAGUGAGUGCUGCUGUUCUUUUUGCAGCUCUUCAGCUAUGUCUUUCUAGUGCUCUUGGUCAUUCAGCUCUGUUCCAAGAUGUAGAAGAACAAUGUAAUAUUAAAAGAAAUUUUGGAUGGAAAAGAUGUGCCAUAAGAUCAGCUAUUGUCUUUCUUGGAGUAGUUGUAGGAGAAUCUGUGCCUAGAUUUGAUAUUGUGAUGGCACUGAUUGGGGGAUCCUUGACUGGUCCAUUAGUCUUUGUAUUACCACCUUUGGUAUAUUCAAAAGCAAUUGCCUUGAAAGCAAAGUCCAUGCGACUUUUAACUCCUGAAGUGUACUCUGCAACUGAGAGACGUCAAAGCAGCGAAGACAUGUCAACUGACUCAAGAAUUCAUUCAAGGUCGACUUAUUAUGGUGUUCUGAGUGUACCUAACACUGAAUAUCAUCGAUAUUCAUACGUUUAUUAUGAUGGGUUGGAAGAUGACUCCGAUGAAAUUAUGGAUUAUGACAAUGAUGCUAUACCUUCUGGAGAAAUCAACGAGGAAUUUUUAAUGACAAAAGUAAUUCAUGAUGGCACACCAGUAUUCGUAAACGCCAGUCAACCUUACAGCGUUUACAGAAUAAUCGCAGCUCCUAAAGAAUUGGUUUCUAAAUUAGCGAUUUGUUACAAUCAUAGAAAAUGGUGCAAUUGGUUUGGUUAUUUAAUCAUAAUUUUUGGUAUUGUCGUUACCAUAUCUUCGACGUACAUGAAUGUAAAGAAUACUAUACGUUAUGUACAAUUCACGCCACCAUGUAUCGUGAACGUUACAAAAGUAGUACAAAAUCCUACAUAAAAUAACAUACUAACCAAUGAUAAAAAGCUGCACACAAAUUUUCUGAAUCUUUUAAUUGACGUUUUAAAGCGGGCUUCCUAUUUCAACAUUUGGCCACAGAGUGGCAGUAGUAUGCUGCUGAUAAGGGUUCACACUCUAUAAUAAGCACGUGUAAUUUUAAAUCUAAGGAAUUUAUAUUUAUAUAUUAUAUAUUCGAUAGGACACAUUUUCUUUGACAUGAUAAAAUUGUUAAUGUCUAUUAAUAAAUUUAUAUACUAUAUUUCAAUCUCUAUUUCGUAGAAUAAAAAACACAAAUGUAGAAUUAUUAUUUAACAUACACGUGCUUCCGAGCAGUAAAUGUCGUAAGAAUCAGCUGAUUUUGCAACUAUUCUUAACUGUGAAGGUUACCUUGAAAAGUCAUUCCUCUCCAUAGACUUUAUAUUUCUCUGAUUAUCUAUGCGCUGGUAUUUCCUACGGACAAUCUUGUCAACCUCAUAUCUACAAGAAUAAAUUUCUGUAUUAAGGCAUUAUUUUUAGAAUAAAUUAUUUAAUAUGUUCAUUAUUAUCAUAGCUCAACUUUAACAACAUAUCAAUAUCAUAUAAUUGACCAUUCAGUAAUACUACACAAUGUAUCUUUUAGUUUUAAGUAGAUCUUUUUAUUAUUACAAUAAUGUAUUUCAUCUUUGCACAUGUUCCCUACACACGUGUAUUAUUUCUUAAUAAAGUUUCAUGUAGAUGUUUCAUUACGUCA